AUGCGACAACUCAGGGGACUGCACCAAGGCGCUCGGCGGUUGUUGCAGAACCGCCCAAAGGCUAUAGAUGAGUAUCAUUUGCUCGAGGCGUUGCUGGCUCCCACGGCCAAACGUGCAAACACGCUUCCGUACAUCGAGCAAGUGCGACGCCUACGCCAGCUCAAGGCCCGGCCCUCAAUCAGCGAAACCACCAGCGAGGGGGUCAAUAUGGCAGUCAAGACGGCCAAAGACAACUCGGUGCGCAAUAUACCCGAUAAUUUAUGCCGAUUCAUGGAGAGGCCCGAGCUGACCUCGCGAGAUAUCGAUGCCUGGCUGCAGAUUAACGUUCUAGAUGGGGCAGAUCCGUUCAAGGCCCAAGCCCGCUUGGAGUCUGCUCUCAUGGACAUGAUUUCCACUGCUCGCCCAACGUCGCUCCGCGCUCUUAUGCAGCUUCUGGCCAAAUACUGGCAGCAGGGCUACGUUGGAACUCGCCCAAUGAUUCGCGUCGCUCGGGCCCAAGCACUCGCGGUGCUAAAUCGCGCCCUGGAAGUUCAUCCUGAAACACACUAUGUGAUAGGUGGGCCCCGACAGGUCGUUCCACAAAUCUCUAUCCCGGAUCUGCCCAAAUUCGAGCGCUUUGUCGGCACUUUGUUCGAGUACAUGGAGAUCGCCAAGCCCACCGAAGAAGAGCUUGAUCCGGUCGAGGACCGAUUGUUUGCAUUGUCCGCCAGAUGCGGUGCUAUUGAAAAAACCGAGUCGCAACUAUUAGAAGUGUAUGGCGCUGGACGCUCACUGUCAUCGUCGUCGGUUGACGAGUUUUUAGCCGCACUCGGCAGGCAUAUCACGGCCCAGCGAGAAGCCUUUCCAGGGCCCCCUCAUCAGUUCAAUGAGCAAGUCCGUGAAGAGCUCAAGGAGUUUGCUGAAAUUUUCACAGCCAUUCGGCCCUCACCUGCCACAGUGCGGUUUUUGUUGCUUUGGGCAGAGAACUUGGAUGAGUUUUGGGAAGUGGUUGGUAUUGCUGAAAACCGGCCUGAUAUUUGGGAAGAAUGCCAACUGGAUUUUAUCCAAGCUUUAGAGAGAGCUUGUGAGCCGACUGGCGAUUCGUUACCACUUAUGAGCUACCUUUUUUCGUUGCUGAAUCGCGUGGCUGCGCAGUCUAGACUCAGUCUCGAAACAGUCGAGUACGCUGUCGUGUUAGCAGCAAAGCACGGUAAUGCUGCUGGUAUUUCACGAGCUCUAGAUAUGCACUCUGAAAUGAGCAAUGGGACUCCUGUGCCUGUGCAGGUACUUGGUGAUAUCCUUGAGAGCUUCCCUCUUCCCAAUUUCCCUGGCUCCAAGGCGGCUGCGCCCGAGCUUCUGGUCCACAGGCUGCGCCCUCUCGUUACAAGUGCACUUCUGCCCAAGUAUUUAGGGGCCCUGCAGCGCUGUGGCUACCUGGAUCAAAUACGAGCAGAAUGGGAAAAGGAUCCUGAGCUCACCCCUGAUCUUGCGCUAAGCUUUGUGGCCGGGUUCAUGUCUUGCGACCAGUCGCAGCUGGCUCUUGGCGUCAUCAAAAAGGUACUUGGAACUCCUCAGCAAGUAGGGGUCGUUCAGGCGGUUGCCAGCCACAGCUUGAUUGCGGACGUCGACCUGUACCCUGUGGUGAUGCAAUAUAUUCGCACCAACGGAUGGACACCUUCUGACAUUGACAUUGUUUUUGGCAAUAUUCCAGGAGCAAAACAAGUCGCAGACGGAUUGAUGGAUAUUGAGACCCUAUGGCCACGCCAACAGGCAUUAUAG